CGCAGUCGUCGCCGGGCGCCAGCGGCCAGCCGCAACCCACAAGCAGAGCAAAAUAUUCCGCCAAGGAUCCGUGGACCGAGCAGCAUCUGGCACUGAGCUACAUAUACCCGUUGUUCAGCCACCACCACUGUCCCCAAGCAUCAAGCUAGGCAGGCCUGGUCCCGAAGAACACCCUUCUCUGGUCGUCGCAUCGCAGGGCAGCUAGCUAGGUAGCUAACAUCCGCCAUGGCGCGCGGGGGAGACGGCCUGCAGGUGCUGAGCGCGCUGGACGCGGCGAAGACGCAGUGGUACCACUUCACGGCCAUCAUCGUCGCCGGCAUGGGCUUCUUCACGGACGCCUACGACCUCUUCUGCAUCUCCCUCGUCACCAAGCUGCUGGGCCGCAUCUACUACACGGACACCAGCAAGGACAGCCCCGGGUCGCUGCCGCCCAACGUCGCGGCGGCGGUCAACGGCGUGGCCUUCUGCGGCACGCUGGCGGGGCAGCUCUUCUUCGGCUGGCUGGGCGACAAGCUGGGGCGCAAGAGCGUGUACGGGAUGACGCUCAUGGUCAUGGUCAUCUGCUCCGUCGCGUCGGGCCUCUCGUUCGGCCACACCCCCACGGGGGUCAUGGCCACGCUCUGCUUCUUCCGCUUCUGGCUCGGCUUCGGCAUCGGCGGCGACUACCCGCUGUCGGCCACCAUCAUGUCCGAGUACGCCAACAAGAGGACCCGCGGCGCCUUCAUCGCCGCCGUCUUCGCCAUGCAGGGCUUCGGCAUCCUCGCCGGCGGCAUCGUCACGCUCGUCAUCUCCGCCGCCUUCCGCGCGGCGUACCCGUCCCCGGCGUACAGGGACGACCACUUCACCUCCACCGUGCCGCAGGCCGACAUCGUGUGGCGGGUCAUCGUCAUGCUCGGCGCCGCGCCGGCGCUGCUCACCUACUACUGGCGGAUGAAGAUGCCCGAGACGGCGCGGUACACGGCGCUGGUGGCCAAGAACGCCAAGCAGGCCGCCGCCGACAUGUCCAAGGUGCUGCACACGGAGAUCGUGGACGAGCAGGAGAAGCUGGACGCCGCCGAGGGCGCCAACAGCUUCGGCCUCUUCUCCAGGGAGUUCGCGCGCCGCCACGGCCUCCACCUCGUCGGCACCGCCACCACCUGGUUCCUGCUCGACAUCGCCUUCUACAGCCAGAACCUGUUCCAGAAGGACAUCUUCACCAGCAUCAACUGGAUCCCCAAGGCCAACACCAUGAGCGCGCUGGAGGAGGUGUACCGCAUCUCCCGCGCGCAGACCCUCAUCGCGCUCUGCGGCACAGUCCCGGGCUACUGGUUCACCGUCGCGCUCAUCGACGUCGUCGGCCGCUUCGCCAUACAGCUGCUGGGCUUCUUCAUGAUGACCGUCUUCAUGCUCGGCCUCGCCAUCCCCUACCACCACUGGACCACGCCGGGCAACCACAUCGGCUUCGUCGUCAUGUACGCCUUCACCUUCUUCUUCGCCAACUUCGGGCCCAACAGCACCACCUUCAUCGUGCCCGCCGAGAUCUUCCCGGCGCGCCUGCGCUCCACCUGCCACGGCAUCUCCGCCGCCUCGGGGAAGGCCGGGGCCAUCAUCGGCGCGUUCGGCUUCCUGUACGCGGCGCAGAACCAGGACAGGAGCAAGACGGACGCCGGCUACCCCGCGGGCAUCGGCGUGCGCAACUCGCUCUUCGUCCUCGCCGCCAGCAACAUGCUCGGCUUCGUCCUCACGUUCCUCGUGCCGGAGUCCAAGGGCAAGUCGCUCGAGGAGAUGUCCGGUGAGGCUGAAGACUCAGAGGAGGAGCCCGUCGGCGCCCGUGCGGUGCGGCCGUCGGAGACCCAGAUGGUGUAGAGAAUCGAUCGAUCGACGCGUGUUCCUUCCUGCACUGCACAUGGUGGGCUAUCAUGUCCUCAAUUGUUUUUUUCCACGUUAAAGUCAACCCUGGCUGUGUUUUGAUGU